GCCCUCUGUGGCGCUGAAUGGAGCGCGUCGUGCGUAAAGUCCGACCUGCAACAGCUUUGCAGUUUUGGGUCGUUUUCGCUCACAUUUCAACGUUUGCACCCACAAAGAGUGAUUUAAUGCAGCCAUGACGCGGGAAGAAGACCUGAUCCGGAUAGCCAAGAAGCUGGACAAGAUGGUGUCUAGAAAUAACACGGAAGGCGCCAUGGACCUGCUGAAGGAGCUCAAAGGUUUCAGUAUGACACUUAAACUCCUACAGGAGACCAGAAUCGGAAUGUCUGUGAACAGCAUCAGGAAGCACUGCACAGAUGAGGAGGUCAUUGCUUUGGCUAAAGUCCUGAUCAAGGAAUGGAAAACACUCUUAGACGCUGGCCGUCGUCACAAUGACAAAGCAGCUGAAGUGAAGAACGGUUUGGCCUCCAGCAAAACAGCAGGGUCUCCACACAGCUCACCCAGGAAAGACAGUCUGGAUAGCAAAAUGGCUAAAAAACAGUUGGUGGAAGCCAAGAAAGAAAGGAAGAACUCCUGUGACUCUAAAUUGGGCCAAGCGGUGAAACGCCAUUCAACUGAUGCCAAACCUGACAGGCGGGAAUCAGAUUUAAAGCAGAGCAGCUCACCUCCUGCAAAGAAGCUAACAUCUGAAAGGAGGGAGUCUCACGGCUCAAAGGCCCCCCAGUCUGCGCCCCCACAGAGGAAGCCUUCCACUGAUAACAAUGAAAGAAAGGGCAAAAGUGAACCCCCUAAAACGCCGACCACGCCCACCAGCCCCAUGUCACCUGCCUUUACCUCUGCCGGCGGUCCGUUGCCACCUCACCUGACGACUGGGGACUCCAUACGAGACAAGUGCAUCGAGAUGCUGGCUGCUGCCCUGCGUACUGACAAUGACUUCAAAGAUUUUGGAACCAACUGCGACAGCAUGGCAGCAGAGAUUGAAGAUCAUAUCUAUCAAGAGAUGAAGGCCACAGACAUGAAAUAUAAGAACAGGGUGAGGAGCCGCAUCAGCAACUUAAAGGACCCAAAGAACCCUGGUCUUCGCAGGAACGUUCUGGCAGGAAGCAUCGACUUAAUCCGCAUUGCCACGAUGACUUCUGAGGAAAUGGCCAGCGACGAGCUGAAACAACUGAGGAACGUCCUCACCCAGGAGGCCAUCAGGGAGCACCAGAUGGCCAAAACUGGGGGAACCACCACUGACCUGCUGCAGUGCGGCAAGUGCAAGAAGAAGAACUGCACCUACAAUCAGGUGCAGACGCGUAGCGCUGACGAGCCCAUGACCACAUUUGUCCUCUGUAACGAGUGUGGAAACCGCUGGAAGUUCUGCUGAUGGCUCACAAGUGAAACCAGCAUUUUUUACCUGCAUAUUUUCCACAUAUUUUCCAUAACAGGAGGCAAAGGAAUACAAUUGCAGCUAGUGAUUUCUAAAUGGUUGACUAGUUACAAAAACUGUUGAGUUUUUUUUAUGCAUGCUAAUAAUCAGUGUUUGCUUUAUAUGAAAUUGAAGGCUGAGCAUCAGUACAAAGAUGACGGAGUCAUUAAGUGUUAGGACAUAAAAAGGGAAGAAAAUGAUUAUCUUGAGGAUUUCAUCUGAAAUGUUCUAAACCAACAAAUGAAAUAACAUCCUUGGUGGAGUGGAAAUACUCAUAAUACAAUAUGAACAUGCAACUGCAUCACAUUGUACAAUGCAUCAUUUCAAUAAAGUGCCUUAAUAAUAAAAAUGAUGGCUGUAGUGCUGUCAUAUCUCA